AUGUCGGGAACGUCGAUUGGAACAUAUCCCGAUCGGGACAUCCCACUUCCCGAUCGGGCAAGCGCUGUGACAUCAUCAGCGACGGAUUGCCGAUGUGUGUUGGUGACGGGAGCCACAGCUGGAAUCGGUCGGGAGCUUGCGAGGAGCAUCGCGCGGUUGAGCAGCAAGCUUACUGCUAUUGCCGUGGGUCGCAGACAGGAGCGAUUGGAGGAACUAGAAAAAGAGGGUCUGGAAAUUAUCCAGUUUGAUAGUGACACAGACGAGAAGGGAAUAUCAUCUUUCGUGGAUAAAGCGAUAGCACAUUAUCCCCAGCUUGACGGCAUCGUUCUCUGCGCUGGGGUGCAGAAAGAUAUGGACCUAAAGAAGGAUGCAGAUGAUCAAGGCACGCCCUCGGUCAUAACGACUGUAUCGUCGUCGUUGGGCAUCGUUCCGGCUGCCUGCCAACUGGUCGAGUCUGAACUUCACGACGAAGAAGGCACUACGGAAAAACUCAGCAGUUUCUGGGUUCCCCUCGACAAGUACAUCGAGAGCACUAAGAAGGGACUUAAGGCAGGAGACGGCAGAAUUUGCUACGACAAUGAAGCAAAGUAG